AUGAUCACCGGUGCGGCCCAAAAGCACAGGAAACGGCUUGUUUCGCUACACCAGAUCGAUGCGGCUUCAAGUAUCGGAAAAAGGAACGCUGACCGUCUCCAUGAAAUUUGGGGUAGCGGAACGGACUGUUUCCAGGCAGUACCACCCGAUGGACAUAGUGACGAUGGCGAACCAAUGCUUCUUAGGCUUAAUAUUGGUGGUACCUCAUACCUAUUAUUGAUAGAAACAAUUCUACAAGCAGAACUAACUAGUUUUCUUUCUAAAUUUGUUCAGCUAAAUCAUAAAUCAAGAUUAAAGGUCGCGGAUGCAUAUAUAGCAUCUGAAGAUGCAUAUUAUUUUCAAAGGUCGCCAUAUGCAUUUGAUGCUGUAUUUCAAUAUUAUGCAACCGGUGUUGUGCAUAGGCCACCAGAAAUAUGUCCAACUGCUUUCAUGUCAGAACUGGAAUUUUGGGGAAUUUCCUAUCGAUCUAUUGGCUCUUGUUGUGCUGAUGUUGUAGCCCGGGAUCGAUUCGAAGGAAAGGAAGAAGAAAAAGUUGAUAAUAAAACCUUUGAUAAUUUGAUGUUCGGAAGAGUAAGGAAAAAGAUGUGGACCUUCCUGGAAAGACCUGGUUCAUCGGUUCAGGCUAAAGCAUUUGAACUAUCCUCAACACUAUUUGUUGCUAUAUCUGUUAUGGGUUUAAGCUUUGGAACUAUUCCAGAUUUUCAGGUGAUCCAGUAUUUGCCUGCUGAAAAUGAAACAAUUCUACUUCCAAAUGGUACUAUAACUGUAGUUGAAAAAAUUGAAGAAAUACGGAUUGAGCAUCAAAUUUUUGUAUUAACGGAACGUAUUUGCAUAGCAUUUUUCACUGUCGAAUAUUGCCUCCGAUUAUUUGCUGCACCAAAGAAAUUUCGUUUUGCGUUAAAACCAUUAAAUUUGGUAGAUUUAAUGGCAAUUGUCCCAUUCUAUCUUGAAUUACUCUUAACACUCUGUGGUGUAGACGACAAGAAAUUGCGUGAUUUACGUUGGGCUUUCUUAGUGGUUCGUAUAUUACGGGUCCUACGAGUGAUACGAAUUAUUAAACUUGGCAGAUUUAGUUCCGGUCUACAGACUUUUGCAAUGACAUUACAAAGGAGUCAAAAACAAUUGCAAAUGAUGACAAUUGUUUUGCUCACUGGUGUCGUUUUCUUCUCCACGAUGAUCUAUUUUCUAGAAAAGGAUGAAGAUGGGACACCAUUUACUAGUAUACCUGCUGCCUAUUGGUGGUGUAUAGUAACGAUGACGACAGUUGGCUAUGGAGAUGCUGUUCCAGCAACAACAAUGGGCAAAAUAAUCGCAUCAGCAGCAAUAAUGUGCGGUGUACUAGUGUUAGCCUUACCGAUUACAAUUAUCGUCGAUAAUUUCAUCAAAGUGGCCCAAGAUGAGCAACAAGUGGAGCAACAAAGAUUGAAUCAUAUACGACAGGAUCGUAGAAUACAAUCGAUGUUAAAUAGGGAAAUUGAUAAUGAGGAUUCAUAA